AUGGCACCCCCUGCCCAGCGCCGUAAAGCAGCGAAAAGCAGCAAAGAGCGGAAGAGACGUGGUCCGCCUGCUGCUAAGAAGGGGAAAGGAGACCCAGAGGAGAUCAAAGGAGGAGAUGCUCCCAAAAUGGAGCCCGCAGUGGCAGAUUAUUUCCAUCAGGCGCACGAAACCUUCAAGUCUGGCUUUGCCUCCGAUGAGGAGAAAAGCCUGUUUGUGAGCAACGUCCUGACGGAAGCCGUAGCUGUGGCGUUGCCGCUGGCCCUGGAUCCGUCGGGGUCGCUGCUCCUCCAGGCGCUGCUGCCUUCGGCCUCGGGGGCCAGCUUGGACCCCCUGCUCCGGGCCCUGCUCCCCUCCCUGCGCCUGGUGGCCUGCCACCCCUGCGGAGCCCACAUCUUGGAGGGGGCCCUGUGGAGAGCCCCAGCGCUGAUCUCGGACGGAGGAGAGGAGUCCCAGGCACUGGAAGAACUCAUCCUGAGUUUGGGGAAGGGUCUUCAGGAGGAGCUGUCGACUUUCGCCUUGGAUGCCCACGCCAGCUUUGUGGUGCGGACCCUGUUGCAGGUCCUGGGAGGGGCCCGAGUCGGGUCGGACGGCGGACGGGGGCUCCCGGGCUCAGGGCUUCUUCGUCCCCGGGCCAAGGGUUCAAAGGUCGGGAGCGAAGGACCAGCGGUUUUCGAGGUUCCCGCCAGCUUCCUCUCCCUCCUGCAGGAAUUCAAAGGCUGCUUCCAGGAACAGAUUGCAGAUUUCAUCACCAAUAGAUGUUUCAGCCUCUGCCUGCAGGUGGCGCUGGAGAUCCUCCAUAGAAAGCUGCCUGAAACCAGUGCUCAGCUCUGCCGGUCUGUGAUUGGCUACUUGAGCAGCUGCAACCCAGCUGCAGCUGGGCAGAGUCUCCUGGUGUUUCUGAAGGACGCGACCUGCAGCCGGGUUCUGGACAAAGUCCUGGAGGUAUCGGAUGCGAAGGCGUUGCGCUCGUUCUACAAGGUCCACGUGAAGGGGCAGCUCCGCGUGUUGUCAGCUCACAAGGUGGCCAACUUCACCUUGCAGCGGCUGAUCCAGGCCGCCUCGCGCAAACUGCUGGGGAAGCUUUUUCAGGAGCUGAGCCCCGGCUUGGAACAAAUCCUGGCCCUGGAACAUCUCGGCAUCGUCACGGCGCUCCUGGGCGCCUGCCGGAAACACGGCGCCCACCAGCCAGAAGUGCUGCAGGUCCUUUUGGAGGCCUUCCACUGUUGGAAGCCCCGCACCCGCCAGCGGGCCUGCGCCCCCCUCCUCGCCUCCGUGCUGGCUUACGAGGUCUACUUUGGGGAGGGGAAGGAGAAGGCAGACGCACCGCCGGCCCUGAGCACCGUCUCCUAUCACGGCUCCCUGAUGUUGCAGCACCUCCUCCACUUUGCCGACCCUUCCCUCGUGCUGCGCAGCAUGGGCGCCACGCCGCCCGCGGACCUGGUCACCUUGGCGUGUGAUCCCAGCGGGAGCCACGUCUUCGAUGCCCUCUUGGCCAGUCCCUCCGUCCCCAAGAAGACGAGGCGGAAAGUCUUGCUCCGGCUCAAAGGCCACUUCCUGUCUCUCGCCUGCUCCAAGUAUGGGAGCCGAGUUCUGGAUGCCAUCUGGAGCAGAGCCUCCCUGCCAGCCAAGCGGGAGCUGGCUCAGGAGCUGGCGGAGCACGAGGCCCGGCUGCGACACGACCCCUUCGGCCACCACCUCGUCCGCAACUUCGCCUUGACCCACUUCCUCAAACGCCGCCGCGACUGGGACGGCCAUCAGCAGGCGGAGAAAAAGCGGAGGCAGCUUUUCGCCGAGAUCCUGGACUGAACUGGGGAUCAAGAGGACUAGCUCCUUAAGCGGGCUUUGUGUUCCCACGCCCCGCCCACAUCUGCCCAGAAGAGCCUUUUUAGAGCCUCUCCCUUCGCCCUCGCGAAUGUGAGCGGAAUCGUUCCUAUCGCUCUCGGCCAGUUCGUGAUGGGGACUGUAGUCCAAAAGAAAGGCGAGAGAGAAAGA